CAACAGCAGGCGGACACAUCGACAAGGAGUUGUGGGACAACAUGAAGUACAUCAUUGUUUGUGCAUUCUUCGCUGUGGUAGCUGCAUCGCGCACUCAUCACCUGGUGUUGGUGAAACCUGAAAUUCCCACGACUGAAUACAGAGAACAGGAUUCCAAAGGAUUUUACUCAUUCGGCUACAGUGGCGAAGAGUCUGCCAAGGCAGAGUAUACCACCCGUGAUGGCUCCUCAAAGGGAUUCUAUUCGUACAUCGACUCAGACGGUAAACUUCAGACUGUGAAAUACGAAGCUGGUCGUAAACAAGGAUUCACAGCGUCGGCCACCAACCUGCCAGUCCAACCUGUUGACAACAACCAACCUCCAGAGCAAGUUACCGAUACGCCUGAAGUUGAAAUGGCCAAACAAGCCCAUUUUGAGGCAUAUCGUGAGGCAGCCCUUAAAGCAGCUAUGGAAGCCGACACCGAUGAAAUAGAGAACACUGAGAUGCAGCAGGCAUCAGCUGAAGCCCAACACAAUGCUGAAUUGCAACAGAACACGCGAGAGCAGCUCUUAAAUCGACAAAAUACACGGGAGCAAUUGCUUUCGUUACUGAGAGAACACGAGGAGGAGAGGGCCCGCGAGGAGCAACAAUCCCAGCUGAUGACUACCUACAUUAUAAGUGCUCAGGCCGAGGCACGCAGUCAUGGUGGAACAGGUCAGUCUCACGCCCAGGCACAGGCUCGUAUAGAACCUCAUGCAGGCCGAUCGGCUUUAAGGACAGUCUACAGCAUGGAAAAUGCCGAUUCCAAUGUUAUACUCAAAGUAGGAAAUGGAAAUGACAAUGCCAUUGCGCUGGCCACUUCAAAUGGUGGAGACCAAAGUGACAAUGGAGGUGACAGUGCCAACGACAGCGCCGACAAUGACAACGGAAAUGGUAAUGGCAACCUCAUCGAUAUUACCAACUUGAGAUCCAUUAAUCUAUGGCAGGAUGAGCCAAACAUACAAAAUUCUCAAGAUUCCUAUUUCACCGUAGACAAUCCCAAUACCCACUACACCGUCGAAAUACCCACGGUAUUGACAACUUUGCCACGCAUUGAAUCGAUUCGCGUGGGUGGCAGCGGUCGUUUACCAUUGGCCAAGAGUACCACAUAUAUAACUCAACGUCUAAAUUCUCCCAACCACGUCUGGGCGGACAGUAGCUAUGUGUAUCCCGUGCCAUCACAGCAGUUGCAAACUCCCAUUGUGAUUACCAAAUCUGCGCUGCAUCAAACACAGCCUCAACUGCAGCAGUACUUUACACAGGACUCUUUGGGCCAAUAUUCUUAUGGAUACUCCGAACCAUUGUCGACUAAACAAGAAAUCCGCACACUGAAUGGCAUAACUGUCGGAUCCUAUUCGUAUGUAGAUGCACAUGGAGUUUUGCAAACGGUCGAUUACACUGCUGAUGAGGAUGGCUUUCGUGUUGGCGCCACCAAUUUGCCCAUUGAUACUCAAAAGCCUGCCACUGAAACUCCGGAAGUGGCCUUGGCGCGUCAGCAACAUUUGGCUGCCCAUCAAGCUGUACUUAGUGGAGACAUUUCCUCUUCGGCCAUAUUGCCCCAACCCGUAGAAGACACUGCCGAGGUAGCUGCGGCCAAAAAGGAAUUUUUCGCACGUUAUGACCUAGAAGUGGAAAAUCAAAAUCUGCUUCGCAAGCUCAAUCGACCAAAAAGUCAGAGUCCAUCUCCACUACAAAAUGCAAUGCCCGGUGUUAGGUCUCCCCCGCUAUCCUCCUACAAAACAUCCACACCUCACUCACCCCACAUCGGCGCCAAAUACGGCUUUUAUCGAAAUGUUCUUCCCGUUUUGCCGCAGCGUUUCUAUUUGCCAAUUGUUUAA